UGUUCGUACUUGGUACCGCGCAUGCAUGCAGUAAGAAGUGAUCGAUCGGUUGCGAGUGCCUACUUUAGUAGGUAGGCAGGUAUAGGUAUCCAUAUUUAUGUCGGUAUGUAUGCAUGGAUCCAUCGAUGUAUAAUAUAAUUUCCAACCUUGAAGUUGCGUUCUAAGUUGUAUUCUAAGUUUCCUCGUACCAAUUUGCGGGAUUCUUCGCUAUAACUUAUGCUAGAUUAUGCUAGCCUACCUACUGUGCUAUGCAAGUUAUGGGGGCUGUGGUUGGCUGUUAUUGCUGUUUAUGGUGGUUAUGGUAAGAAAAACGAGAAAAGAAAUGUAACACAGCAUAAAUUCGGAAGCUCGGAAUAUGGAACAAUGGUGAUUGUGAUUUAUCACACCCACUCUUUUGAAGUAAGGGAAUUGCUGGAUGUCAGGAUGUAUCAGUUGCUUGGCUCUCGUCCUAAGAUCGACAUUGAACACACCGCUCAGGCACGGAAAGAGGCGAAACAGAUAGGGUUCUGGGCGACAUUCCAGCCAUGGCGACAAGACCGGUUCAUGCAGCCUCUUUCUUCGAAAAUGAACCAACCGUGGGCAGCGUGGGCAGCGUUGGCCAAAUUCGGCUUGGCUCUCGGCCGCUUGCGAUGGAUGCCGUGAUCUUUUGGCCGCCGUUCGACAUCAUCCCGUUGCCGCCGCCAGGCCCAGCAUUGGCAGGCUGCGCUACAGGUCGCCAGGGGCCCAGUUGCCCAUCGUGCCCUGCGCGCCCGCAAGGUCCGGUCCUCCUUCGACCCCACAAGGCUCCAGCAUGAGUCGAGCUGUGGACCGGAGAAGUGGG